GCUGGAUUCAGCAUAGCGACAGGAGGGCAGUGACCCCGCCACCUGUGACACCCCCUCGGGACUGCCAGGGAGGGUGCCUUUGGCCACCAUGAAGAAGGAGGUGUGCUCUGUGGCCUUCCUGAAGGCUGUGUUUGCCGAGUUCCUCGCCACCCUCAUCUUUGUCUUCUUCGGCUUGGGCUCAGCUCUGAAGUGGCCCUCGGCACUACCCAGUAUCUUACAAAUCUCCUUGGCAUUUGGUUUGGCUAUUGGCACCCUGGCCCAGGCCUUGGGUCCUGUGAGUGGUGGGCACAUUAACCCUGCCAUCACUCUGGCCCUCUUUGCGGGCAACCAGAUUUCUCUGUUGAGAGCCGUCUUCUAUGUGGUCGCUCAGCUGGUGGGCGCCAUUGCCGGUGCUGGCAUCCUUUAUGGACUCACCCCUGCCAAUGCUCGAGGCAACCUAGCUGUCAAUGCUCUCAACAACAACACAACUCCGGGUCAGGCUGUGGUGGUGGAGAUGAUCCUGACCUUCCAGUUGGCACUAUGCAUCUUCUCUUCCACUGACACCCGACGCACUGACCAUGUGGGCUCCCCAGCCCUCUCCAUUGGCCUAUCUGUCACAUUGGGACAUCUGGUUGGGAUCUAUUUCACAGGGUGCUCCAUGAACCCCGCUCGAUCUUUUGGCCCGGCUGUCAUCAUGAAUCGAUUCAGCCCAGCUCACUGGGUGUUCUGGGUGGGGCCCAUCGCCGGGGCUGUCCUCGCUGCCAUCCUCUACUUCUACCUGCUGGUACCUAACUCCAUGAGUCUGAGUGAUCGCGUUGCCAUUGUCAAGGGCACAUAUGAGCCAGAGGAAGACUGGGAAGAGCAGCGGGAGGAACGAAAGAAGACCAUGGAACUUACCUGUCACUGACGUGUACCUGGCAGUGUGGGGCCAGACAGUGCUUUACCCCCAUAAAGCAUCCGGGGGAGAAAAAAGGACAAACAGAACAGCAAAGUUUCCUUCUUCCGUAGACAGGCAUUCUGGGCUGGGGAAUCAGUCUCCAUGGUUACCCAGGUAGAACUGGGAGCUAGGACCUGCUCCUGGGUGGCCAUGGGACUGUAAGGGAAAGGGACCUCUCUAGGAAGAGUUUUCUCUCAGGGAUGGGCAGGCGCCAGAGCUUGGACCUCAGAAAUGAUGCCUGGAGGCCUAGAAUCAGAACCCAACAGCAGGCCCUAGAAUCUAGAACCUGCGGAAACCAGAACCUAGAAUCUGGCCUGCUGAGUAUUCUGCCCAAUGGGGGCUAAGUUCUAUAAUCAAAAUCUGGCCUGGACCCAACUCCUCACCAAUUCUGCCCCAAAGCCAGAGAGACCUGAAUCCCAAGUAAGGACACUCCCUUUCUCCCUUAUCUAUGCUCCAUAGGUCCUCUAGGAGAAACAGACUGGUUCACUUGAAAGAUGCCUUAUUUAUUUUCAAUCAA